UUGACUCUGGGCGCACAUCUCCACAGACGAACAGCGGCUACAGCCGGACUGACAAAUGUCGAACGUCGGAAAAAUUAAGUUUCUCCACUGAGGAAAGUACUUUUUCGUGCAAUUGGUAUCCAUCAAACGCUACAGUUUACUUCAUCGCGCAAGUAAAGUAUGAAAAGUGAGGUAGAGCGUUAGUAUUUUGUCCCCCAAAGAUAGUUGAAAGUAACGCUGUGUGCAGAGGGAAGACCGGCGAAGUGCAGAAGAAGCGGAAAAGCCAGUUUUUGUAUCGCUGGUAAUUUGUAGUGGUGGUAGUGCAGAGAGGGCCGCUAUAUCUGCCUGUGUGCUGUCCGUGUGGUGGUGGUGUCAUCGACGGUGUAAAAGAGCUUUACACAGUCGCGCUGACUGAAGGAGAGAAAGAUGGCCGAUGGCGUUGAAAUCGAUCUGUACGCCGACGAUUUGGACCAGGAUUACGCGCAAAACAAUGACGAUUUCGGUGGCGAUAGUGGCGACCUGUACGACGAUGUAAUCGUACCAUCCGGGGACCGCAACAAUGCGGGAAGAGGCCCGUCGAUGGACCGGGGCGACGGUGUCGAUACGAAUGGUUCGUACCACCAUCAUCCCGGGGCUUGGUCGCUCAGCCACAUUCCACGCCGUCAUCAGCUGUACGUGGGCAAUCUGCCCUGGUGGACGACGGACCAGGACAUCACCGACUCGGUCGCGGACGUUGGCGUGAACGAUUUCCAGGAGGUGAAGUUCUUCGAGAAUCGUGCCAAUGGCCAAUCGAAGGGUUUCUGCGUGAUUUCGCUCGGUUCGGAAAACAGCAUGCGGCUCGUAAUGGAACGGCUACCGAAGAAGGAACUGCACGGUCAGAAUCCGGUCGUGACACUGCCAACGAAGCAGGCGCUGAAUCAGUUCGAAAGCCAGCAAAAAACCAGACCCACGCCACCGGCACCAGGGCAAAGCAACGGACCGCGACCGCCUGUACCCGGCAUGCCGAUGGGUGGCCCGGGCGGACCAGGUGGCGGCCACGGAGGACCGGGCAUGGGAGGUCCGGGAGGGCCACCGGGUGGUGGUCCUGGUGGACCGGGUGGACCAGGUGGUAUGGGCGGUCCCGGCGGACCGCAGCCACGGAUGAUGAACCCCAAUAUGCCGCCGGGCAUGCGUCCACCGCACCCGCACAUGUCCGGACCGAUGCACAUGCAGGGACCGCACGGCGGACCGGGUGGGCCACCGCGACCACAGGGACCGCCAAUGCAUCAAGGGAAUGGACCACCACAGCAACCGCCUCGAUUCCAGAAUCAAAACCAAUGGAAUGGUCCGCCACGAAUGAACGGUCCGCGACCAGGCGGCCCGGGGGGUCCAGGCCCAAUGCAGCACAGGCCGCAAAUGUUCCAAGGACCGCCGAACGGUAUGCCACGUGGACCUCGCCCGGAAUGGAACCGGCCGCCGAUGCACGGUGGUUACCCGCCGGGUCAUCCUGGUGGCCCCGGACAGGGUCCACCGCAUAUGCAGGGAGGGCCACACGGGCCGCGCGCUCCCCAUCACGGAUCGAUGGGUGGGCCGCCGGGACCACAGGGUCCUGCCCCGCACGUGAAUCCGGCGUUCUUUAAUCAGGGCGGUGGUCCACCGAAUCAUCCCAAUGGAGGUGGCCCCGUUGGACCGCCGCACGGUCCACAGGGACAGGGUGGGGGACCGCCACAACACUUCAACCCACAGGGUGGUGGAGCUCCACGGGGCGGUCCAUGGCCGGUACAGGGUGGCAAGCCGCCGGGUGCGCCGGGCGGAUUCCCUGAACAUCCGGUCAUUACCCCGCAGCUGAGCGAAGCCGAAUUCGAGGAGAUUAUGACCAGGAACCGUACCGUCAGUAGUUCCGCCAUCGCGAGAGCCGUAUCGGAUGCCGCUGCUGGCGAAUACUCAAGCGCAACCGAAACACUGGAAACGGCGAUCUCGCUUAUCAAGCAGUCCAAGGUGGCUCAAGACGAACGGUGUAAGAUUUUGAUUGUCUCGCUGCAAGACACGCUGCACGGUAUCGAGGCGAAGAGCUACACCCGGCGAGAGCGUUCCCGGUCGCGCGAACGCUCGCACAGACGCCAGCGCCGGGAGCGGUCAACGUCACGCUACCGGGAACGUUCGCGCGAUCGCGAGCGGGAGCGAGAGCGUGAUCGAGAUCGCGAUCGUGAACGUGAUGGCUCUCGCCGAUCUCGCCCAAGGAAAUCUCCGGAACCGGCCACUGAUAACGCAACGGAUAGCUCGUCGAAACGGUACUACAACGACGAUCGCUACCGUUCGUCGGAUCGUGAGCGGGAGCGCGAUCGCGACCGCGAGCGCCGUGAAGAUCAUCGAUCACGGCAUUAAGUAGUACUAAAAUGAACCCUUAUAUUUUCGAACGCUACUAGCAAAACGGAACUAGCUGGUUGCCUGAAAUUCCUGCAACGCUACACUACUAUUGAAUUCUAAAGUUUUUGGGCAAUUGUCUUUUUUGACAGUUCAGUUCCCAUUUCCAUGGAGAGAAGUUAAUGUGAAACAAAAUGAACUACACACACGGUCCGCAGCCCGAUCCUUUUGCUCCGUAAUACUUCCCGCAGUUUUAUAUAUGUAUCGAUGUUUCCCCCAAUCUCGCCCAAAGUUUUUGAAAGUAGUUUAAUUUGAAGUUUUGGUUUCUAUUUUGUAUAAAAUUAGUGCAAAAGUCGUUCCAAACAUGGAGCAAAAUGUAGUAAGUUCAUUGUGAAACAAGAAUAUCUCAUAUACACGUUUUAAUUGCACGACGCUCUCGAGUUUCCCCCUGAUCUAGCUGCACUUACAAAAGCGCCGCCGUAUCGUCUCUCUGUUUGCAAAGUGUUUAGACAGAGAAUGUAUCCUCUUUUUUAAUUCCAUUUGCACUAUUACUAUUCUACCAAAAUGAAACGUGGGAAUCAUCUGAGAGCAUAAUAAUACGCCACAUAGCUAAAUGUAACGCAGAGAAGGACGCAUCGGAGCGCAGCUAUGUUGACAAAGAUUUUAGGCGCGCAACGGCAAAGAGGAAGCAUAUAUAUUCAAACUACACAUCCAUCCCGCUCUACUACUAGCAGAGUACACUUCCCAUCAUUGGCGUUCCUCUAAGCAAGCAGCAACAGGAAUGACAAUCUUGUGCAGCGACAACAGUGUUGUGUGCAAGUAUGCGCGCGUGUGUUUGUGUGUGUGAGUGUUGUUCCGUUAGUGGUUUAAAGAUCUGUUACAACUCCUGAAGACUUCUUGCGGUUCGUGUGCGUUCCGUGUGUACAUCCUGCUACGUACGAUCCAUGCCCGACGGCAGUGGGUGCAUCUUGAACGGUCAGCAGACUCAGCAUUGACAACGCAACAACUCCCAGUACUUCCCGGCGGCAGUAGCUUCCUGAUGGCAGCAGCAGCGGCAGCAGCAGCGGCAGCAGCAGCGGCAGCAGCAGCUGUAGCAGCAGCAGCAGCUGUAGCAGCAGCAGCAGCAGUAAUCAUCAGCGGCAAGCGGGUAAUGCUGGAGGAGGCCACGUGUUGCUGUGACAGUGACGCACGACUCGACGAUGACGACGCUACUGAUCCGCAAAGAAGAUUGUAACACAUCCCUCUUUUUGAAGUCAAUAAUUAUAAACGUAAUCAGAGAGAAAAAAAAAAUCAAAAAAAAGAAAAAAAUGUGCAAAUUUUGUGUACCGUGUUGUGUAUUCUGUCCCUCCCUUAAUCAUUAUUUGUUUUAUUAUUAUUACCACACUAGUCUUGCACAGAGAGAACGUAUUAUGAAUGAAAAACCAUUGUAAUGUAUUGUGUCACACAUUUUUAAGCUAAGUUUUUUUUUUACGAAAACCCAACACAUGUUUUCUUUUCGUACUUCGACUAAUUUUUGUACGGCGGAGAGACUUUAUUUUAGUUUAUUAGUUUAGUUUUGUUGUCAAAAAACCGUGACAGAUCGCACAAGUGACGACUGAAUAAGCACUUUGUGUGGGAGUGUGCUUGGGAGUACUGUUGUUUAUUUUAGUACUGCAGCUAGAUAGAGAUGCUUGGCUGGAAGAAGCGUAAAAACUGUUUGAUAAUUUUACUCCAGUUGAAAAAGGCAAGGGACUAGAGAAAUAUAAACAUGUUGCGAUAAAGCGGAGCCGAAGUAACGGUGACAAAAAUAUUGUAAAAUGUACCAAAAUUUCGUAGAAGGUCUUUUGUAACACGAAACAUAGAUACCUAAUACUGUUAAGGCCAAAUGUAACCGCGGCAUUUGUGGAAAACACUGCACUCCACUGUUUGAUGCCCUUAAGUGCAAAUGAGCUUCCUACUGUCCCCCGAUCUUCGUCGGCUCGAAAAAGCAACUCAUCUUUCUUGAGAAAUCAAACAAAUAUUGCGAUGUCGGUGUUUAAACUGAUGUAAACUUGUUACUGUGUAGCAAGUGCGUGUAUGUAUGUAACAUUUAUGUACCUUUGAUCAACAGACGUUGGGGGAGAAGUUGACGGACGAGCACAGGCGGUUUCGAGAAUCCAUUUGUAACAUGAUUCACGAUGCCUAAGCAUACGCGCCACAUUUUAUGUAUAAAGGCUGCGUUGUAAUGACAGAAAACAUAAAAACUAGGUCAUGUUUCUUUUUAUAAAAACACGAUCAAUUUGUACGACGGGAUUUGUACAGUAUAGCAAAGACAACAGAUAUAAUUAAGUGAUGUGUACAAAACGCGUUCUAUCUUUACUGACGAGCUUUAUAUGUAUGUAGUAUUAUUAAGAAAACUACCAUCUAGACGCUUUUACCUUUUGUAAAUUUAUUACUUUGCGUUAUUAGACGAGCUGCUCUCUUCUUGGUACAAUGCCUGUAGCGCGUUAUCUCUUGCGUCUAGUUUUACCAAAAAGAAAAAUAGGAACAAAGAAACUUAUCAGUCAUAUUUAAGGAUUCUUUUUGCAAAUGCAUAUUUGUAAGGACACACUGUACUUUGUGCGAAGAAAGGGAAUGCAACGACGCAAGACUGAACUCUCUGUCUCUAAGACUGUGAACGUAUGUAUCUCAUUACAUUUAAGCCAUUUCAAACAUUUGGGAUGGGCAGCAGUUGACUUGCAUACUCGUAGAUUGAUAACUUAUUACUUUUAAAUUGUUAUAUUUUAAUCUCAAAAACCUGCAAUGCAAAAAAAAAUACCGUUGUUAGUAGUACAUAAUACUGUGGAAGAUAUUUGGGCUUAGCUAAAAGUACUAUUGUGAUUGGACGGUUUUAACCGUUUUUAACAACCUAUUAAAUUACUCCGUGCUCCGUGUAUCGAUUAAUAAGAUGAUGAACGAAUGUGAACGUACCGAAUCGUAGAACUUCUAAACAUUUGCUAUAUAAUGUGUCUUUUGUAACAAAAAUGAAACGUAUUUUAAUCUCAAACAAUGGGGAUUAUUCUAUUCUUUUAUGGGGGUUCUCGAACCUAGUCGGGUCCAAGGUCCAUAAAUUACUACAGGUCGUUCCGUACAGUGUACUUCGACACAUUGUCAUUACACAGCUGAAAAGGGAGUCCAAAGUUACUCAGCAACUCAUACAAAGGCCUUAGCCACCCCUACUAUCUAUCUGCCAAUCUCCAUAGAAAUCUCUAUCCAUCAUGGCCACCAAAAUCAGAGCUUAGGACCCACCUGUACUCUACCUAGGCACCUUGGUCGUGUUGAGAAAUUUGACUCGAUUGCUUUUUGAAAUAUGCUUGCCUGUAAAAAAAAAAUCUGGUAUGAAAAAUCAAACGAGACGGGCCUUUAACGUCGCAGUAGGCGACAAACAGCCAGACCAACCCUCGAAGAUGACUUUAAAAUUCGCUUGAAAAUAUAGAAUGUUAGACAAAAAAUAAGGAAUUUCCCGAUAGAUAAUCAUAGGAUUCGGUUUAUUAUAGUCUAAUUUCAUUGAACUAUCGAUUGAACAUGAAAACAGUUGGUCCAUCGACUUUGGUUAAAUGACUUUCUUUAAUUAAUUUUAACACAUAUCAGUCAUCUCAAAUGGUCAUUGAGGAAAACUGAAAUAUUUUUCUUCAAAACUGUCAAAAAAUCGUCUUCAAUCAAUUUCCUGCUAGCCUUUUGAUAUCUAGAACAAGUGGCUUGAAUCGAGACUCUGGAAUCGAAAGAACACGUAGUCGCUUUUUUUGUUGAUAGAACUCUUCUACUAGACAGACACAUUUAUAUGGCAACCUCGAAACUGAAAUAGACUUCCGCGAUAGUUUAAGAGCAUAGUAAACCCGAUUUGCUUAACAAUAUUCAACUCCACGUCGACACAUCUCGAUUGCGCAAGAACAGAAUACGCCUGAAUAAUACUCCAUAAAGACAACAAUGACCAACAGGAUUAGAAUUUUAACGUCCUAGGGAGGAAUUCCGUAUACAACCAAACGGUGGUUGGAUGGAAUCAAUUAUUCCUGCUGGGAACUCUCCGGGGUGUGCGAUCGAUGAAAGGACAAGCUUUCGCUAAGACACGCAUUGUAUUAAUUAUCAAUCAGCCCUCGAAAUGCUACAUACACCCCGUCUGCUUUUACACAAAAUUGUAAUUAUGAAUAGGACAAAGAGGCUUGAUUUUAGUUGGGUUUAUCGCGUUGUUACUGUUACGUUAUAAAACCCUGUUAAAUGGUGCAGAAUUAACCGUUAAAUCGAAAAUUGGGGAGGGAUGAGCUGACACAGUAUGCUAUGAGACGAUUGUUUCGUCGUAAACACGAACUACAAAAAGCCUUAGACGCGUUCUUCGGGGAGUGGAAAAGUCACUGCGAAACGAUCGGAUGGUUGGAUUUCAUGAAAGAAAGAUUAAAAUAUGUUCACCAAUAGGCAAACCAGUUCGUGUGUUGAAUUAUUUCAAUUGCACUCGAUAUUUUGAUUGCUUUAAUGAAGACUCAAAGUAAAAUGUUUUACACCAAAUGGUACAGAUAGUCCAGGCCAAUUACUAUGAUUUCUCGCUCUUACAAUCAGCUACGGCGUGAUGUGAUGUACGUAAUUCGGUUCGUGUUCGGUUUUGUAAUUUUAAUGCUGCACAAGCUUUGCUAUCGAUCGAAAUAGAAGAAAUUAACCAGCUCGAAGGUGGCGCAUCAUGCGACAGAAACGAAUGUAAACUAUAACACGUCAAA